GAAUAUAUUCCGUUAAUGGCGUCAUUGUAAAACACAUUAAAAACAACGACUUGUCAUGAAGUUGACAUCAAAAAAACUCUAACAAGUAAGUAUUAUUCUGAAAUUAUCUUUCAUGUGUGUUAUAAAAAUAUAAGAAAAAAAAUACAACAGUUGACGAGUUAUCUGUCCGUGUGGACGAAUACACUAUUCGGACAAUAAAGGUCAUAGUGUACUUAGAAAGAAACGGAAACGAAUAAAAAAGGUAAGAUGCCAUAUUGAUAAGAAUCACUAAUAGUUGAAGACUAAGAAAUUGGAUCGAAGGAUGUGGAGAAAAAAUAAAACGUUUGGAAUAUCUAGUAGCUCUCAAGGCCGAGUCAGUACUAGCACUGUUGUGAACGAUCUUGUGUUUUAUAGGGAACGCUUGCGCUGACCUUGACCCGAAAAGAGAUUGACCACGGAAUCGGAAACGUACUCGCUUGUUCUCGGCACGCGUGUUCUCCAUCGAAGUGUGCUAAGAAGAAUUCCGGCGCAGCGACGAUGUUACUGGCAAGUACUGGCAAACGUUUAGAGUAUGGACCGGCUGGGUGGAUGUACUCGAGGGCAGCUCUCUUCAAUAUCGAGGAGGGGAGCGUGAGGUCGGAAGAGGAGGAGGAGGAGGAGGAGGAGGAGGAGAAAGAAGAAGGAAAUCGUUCGCUGAUGGAGAAGGAAGAGAGGAAGAGAGAGAGAGAAAGAUAAAGAGAGAGAGAAAGAAAAGUGGUGUUGGUGGUGGUGGUGGUGGUGAUGGUGGUGGUGGUAGUGGUACACAGGAGGAAGAGGAGGAGAAGGAGGAAGAUGGAGGGAAGGAGCCAACACGCGUAUCACGAUGCACAAUGGAGCAUUAGCCAGAAGUAGCGGCGCGGACGGUGUCUCUCGCGGACGGUGUCUCGAAAAAUUCACGAGAUACUUUCCGAUCUGUCACCAAAUCGAAACUACAAAGAAAAAUAUAACCGAACAACGUUUUGUCCGUCCAACGUUUUCGUUGUCUUUCGAGUUUCUUAUAUCGUUCGGAGGACGAUUAAAAUACGACAUAUCCGAGAGUUCCUUCAAACAGUUUUCAACCGUUUCGUCGCGCGAUUUCAUCCGUGCGAAAGAGCUUCCGUGGCUAAAACGAAAACGGCCAUUUGGAAAAACGUGACCCUUUCCAUAUUAUUAUAACUGCGUUAUCUCUUCGACAGUUACAACGAAAGCAUAUAGUUUUAUUUAUUUUUUUUUUUUAUGGAUAACAGAUAAAUUAUUAUUACGAAUAUUAUCGAGGCGAAUUAUUAUAUUCGGAUUAUUUGAGAUUGUAAAGACCUUUCUGUGCUUUCAUCACGAAUGGACGAACGAAUGCAUAACGAUUUCGCAAGGGUACUAGAGAAUUUUUUUUAAACGUAUAACAUCCUAUAAUUAUUGGAAACUGGUACAGCGAGUUAUCCUGAACUUCUACGAUACUUCCUGUAUUCUUGGCCCUAUAAAGGAAUCGAUGAUCUCGUAUUCUGCUCUUCUACGUACCGUCACGGAAUUGAGCCGAUCUCUCAUAGCCCUUAAACAAUUCGGAAACGAGUGUGAUCAAAGGAACGAAUUUACGUUGGUCUAACGCUAAGAGAUUAGAGCCAUUUCGAACGAGAUGGCGAACACAACUACGACGGCUCCUGCCGGUAGUCCGGAAAAGAAAGUCGAACCUGUCAAGGCCGAAGAAGCCAUUCCUUGGAAGUCGAUGAGUCUUCGCCAAAAAUGGACUCUGUUAACGAGUAACAUCACAGUGGAACCCAUGAUAGCCUGUUACGUGAUACCCAGUAUGUUGGCCUCUCUGGCCACUCAAAAUCUCAAUCUGGAAAAAGCGUGCAGGGUGAACUUGGCCUAUUCGGAUGAAAUCUGUACGAAUUUAGCGGCAAGAAACACGACGGGUUUGGAAGCUGAAGAAACUGCCGUGCAACAGCUGGUUGCAGGCAUGCAAACGUGGAAAACGGCUUUACAGAGUGGUUUACCUAUCUUACUGAUUCUCUUUAUGGGCGCUUGGAGCGACAAAACCGGCUAUAGGAAACCCUGCAUGCUUUUGCCGAUAGUCGGAGAGUUCCUCAGCAGCGUCAGUUUAAUAGCAUGCACGUAUUGGUUCUACGAGCUACCCAUGGAAGCUACCGGAGUAUUAGAAGCCCUAUGGCCGUCCUUGGCCGGUGGUUGGUUCACAAUGUUCAUGGGUGUAUUCAGUUACAUCGCAGAUAUAACGUCGGUCGAGUCGAGGACACUCAGAAUAGGAGCGGCCAAUGUUUUCUUCUCUCUUGGCGUCCCGAUCGGUAUGGCCCUUUCCGGUGUUUUGUAUAUGAAGCUUGGGUUCUAUGGUGUCUUCAGUAUCUCUAUGAUGUGUUAUGUCAUGAGCUUCGUGUAUGGACUCGUCGUUAUUAAGGAACCCCCGAGACCUCCGUUAGCGAGAGAGAAAGAGAAACUUCCGGAGAAGAAGAUGUCUUUUCUUGCCUCGGCCAAGGACUUUUUUUCUUUGAAACAUAUCGAGGAGACCUUUAGCGUUGCCUUCAAAAAGGGUUCCAACAAUAGACAGAAAAGAGUCAUCAUGCUGAUGAUCAUUGUGAUGGUCGUCAUUGGACCAUUGUACGGUGAAAUGGCAGUACUAUACCUUUACAUGAGAUAUCGAUACAAUUGGAACGAAGUUACAUUUAGCAUGUGGUCCACAUAUGGUAUGGUGACUAAUCUUAUUGGAACCGCACUAUCCGUUGGAGUUUUCAGUCAUAUACUCAAGGUGGACGAUGCAAUAGUCGGAAUUAUGAGUUGCAUGAGCAAAAUUUUAGCAAGUUUCGUAUAUGCCUUCGCAACGACCGAUUGGAUGAUUUAUUUGGGUGCUUUGGUAGAAAUAGUAAAUGGAACAUCGUUCAUCGCGAUGCGAUCUAUCGCUUCGAAACUAGUCCCAUCGGAUGAACUUGGCAAGGUAAAUUCGCUAUUUGGAGUUUCCGAGUCACUGAUGCCAUUGGUUUACGGGCCCAUGUACAGUUCUAUUUACGCCACGACCAUGAACACAUUUCCGGGAGCGUUUUUCAUCGUCGGUGGUUGCAUGACGAUACCAGCUGUUUUCGGUUUCUUGUGGCUUUACACGGAACAUCGAAGAGAUCGACUUAUAAAGGAAAGAGAAAUGAAGGCGAAAGCCAAUGAUGAGGAACAGGAUGAAAAGACGACGAAAGUGCUAAAUAUCAGUGAAAGAAAAGAAAGCUGUACGGCAAACGGUGUUGAGAAUAUGGCUUUCGAAACGGAACGCCUCUAAUAAGAAUCAUGUUAGUUGAACGAAGUUGUAUAUAACAUCGAAGGUAAUAUCAUACGUACUGUUAAUCUACAAUCUGUGGAUACACACGUUCAACUUACAACGGAUAAUAUUUAAGAAAUAUUGUCCUUGGAAAGAAGACGGAAAUGUAGGAGAAUAGACGAGAAACUCGAGACAAAUUAUAAUUCGAGUAAGUCGCUUGAAUUGACCAAGAAAAUGUGCUAGGACGAAGCAGUAGGAAAAUCUAGAAGGUAAUUCAAGGUGUUACUAGUAAGAGAGAUGGCAAAGAAAUCGAAUGAUUCUCAUUUUGUUAAACUAACGCAUAUCUACGUGCAAACUAAUACGUCCAGUAAAUGUCGUUGACGACUUCGUCGAUGGACGUUUUUGUUAUAGUUUACGCACAAAUUUCUUUUAAAUAUUUAUAUCAAAUCCUCUCGUUGAAACCUUAUCUUUAUUAAGAAUCUGAAAACGUUGCUAUUUAUGCGUUACGAGUAAUCACUCGUAAUAUGUAAAGUACUUGAAACGAACCAUAGAAAAUUGAUACAAAAGUAAUAUUUACUGGUAAUUAUGUUCACGAAAUUUUUAAUGUUUUCAGAUUAUAAAACGAAUCGAAUAUUUAACUUCAUAAUUGAAUUCAACGUAAGUCUGUUUAUUCAUGAAAAUAUUUUAAACAAAUUUCAAGAGAUUAUUUCUCGAAUAUAUUAUGACUCAUAUUUUGAUGACUUAAUUGUUAAAAAAAGAAAAAAAAAAGAAAAAAAAAAGAAAAAAAAUAAUAUACACUUAUGAAACACGAAUCUUUUUUUGUAUAUUAUUAUAAUACGAAGCCUUGAAAUUAUCGCUUCUAAAAAGAUUGUUACUUAGAUGGUUGUUAAUAUUUAAUAAUAGAUAAUAUUAGGAAUAUAGAUAUAAAGCAUUACGUUAAAUGCAUUUAUUAUCAUUUUAACAUUAAUUAUUCCUCUGUCAUUUCAUCGACUCUACCUCAAUAUUAGCGAGAAUUUGCACAGAAUACUAUUAAAUAAGCCUAUUAGUGGUAUGAAAAGUGAUAUCAGUGAGCUUUAAUUAAUGAAACAGAAGCUUCCACUAAUAAAUGUUAAAUGUGAUGGGUUAUAUUUAACCUCAGGGGUAGAGUGCCAAAAUCAAUGAUAAUAUACGUACGACAAUGUUUGCUUUAGGAAUAAGAAUACUUUUAGCACUAUUAAUCUAAUUAAUAAGAGUUUCAAGCCUAACAUUUUUAAUUUGAAAAAUAAUAAUAUAUAUCAGGAUAAUGCCCGAGCACUAUUUAUGACGCGACAAAUACAGGUUUGUAAUCCUUAUGGAAAAGUUUAGUGAAUGUUAGUAGAAUUAAUUUUUGGUACUUAAGAAAUUACAAGGAGGAAUACAAGUGACAUCAUAUCAAUUCACAUGCAGCAACCUUAAUUUUACUGAUAGAUAUUUUUUAUUUGAUAAUAAUUACAAGCAUUCUAAACUCUGGACUAUUAAUUGCGAAUGGAGAUACAUUAUAUAUAUAUAUAUAUAUAUAUAUAUAUAUAUAUAUAUAAAAUAUAUAAAAGGUAUUUUUCAAAUUAUCGUGUAAGACUUGUUAAUAGUAUUUAAAAGGGUAUAUGAAAAAAACUAAUAUAUAUUAAUAUCAGCUUCUUAUUCCAUCCAAAAAAUAUGUACGAUUUAUACGGAACCUUAAAAAAAUUUCAGAUGUAAGUGUUAAAUAUAAAUUUAUAUAUACUUAUAUAUUUAUAUAUAUAUAUAUGUUUGUAUAUUAUAUAUAUAUGUAUAUAUGUGUAUAUGUGUGUAUAUAUAUAUAUAUAUAAAUAUAUAUAUAUAAAUAUUAUGAUAUAACUCAUGGUUUUAUUGUGAUCUAGAAUACAAUAAGUAAUUAAUUUACUAAGAAUACAUAGACCAUUACGUUGAAUCUAUCCUGCCUAUACACAAUUUUAAUGAACAAAUUCGUAUUAAAUCAUGAUAUAAUAAUAUAUCAUCGAUAACGUAUUAGUGUGAUAUAAUAGUGAAACCUUGCCCAUUCAUAUAGUUCCAAUUCAUGCCAAAUAAAUACUAUAAUUUUCUAUUAAUAUCAACAAUCGGUAAAGAAAUCUCGAAAGAUAUAAUAUCAUUUUUAAAGUAAUAGCUAGUCCAAUAGAUAAGAUACAUCUAAAGAUGUAUAAUAUUGAUAUAUUAAUAAUAAAAAAAAAUAAAAAUUAAAUAAUAAUCAAAAUCAAAUUCUUCAAAUUAACACUCUACCUUAUCGACAGUGCAAUAGAUAGCUGGCGAAAGUUACAACGUUUCUCUAGUAGGUGGCGCAAAUGACAACAACGAAAAACUAUAUACAACAGAUACGAUCUGUAAAAAAUCACACUUUCGAUGGUAGCAACGUAAGGACAGAUACACCACAGUGUUUCUCACUCAUCGUGACGCCGCGGACAGUGUGGCGUGAUAUUAGGAAUUCGAAUCGAUUGAACUUUGUACAAAUAGUUAGGUAGUAGCGAACGUGUAUCAUAUGAUUCAUACUUUUUGUGCAAUAAGAAGAAUACAGUGCCAAUUUAUUUUUGUUUA